AUGCCCGCGACGAAGGCAAGUUGCGCAACCCCGGAACCCCGGCGGGCCGAGCUUCGCCCUCAGGGUUUUACGGCGGAACGGGCGGCCAGCAGCAAAGUCUUCCACGGCACGUGGGCCGGGGUGACCACGGAGGCAGUGGGAGGAUUUGGUGCAGGCCAAGAAAGCGGCAUGAGGUUGAUCGACCUGGAUUACGUUUUAAAACGGUCGAGUUCCAAUAGAAAAGUCAAGAAAUCAGAGUCCUGUGAGAAGCAGUCGAUUUUUAUAGAAUCCACUGUUUCGAGAUCCCUCGUCAAGCACAUCUUGCCCUGGAAGAAGGAGAUGACUCCCGCUGAAGAAGAAGUCGGCCCGAGGAGAGAAGUCAUGCAUGCCUUCAUCAACUCAUCGGCCGUCUGGCUGAACGAGCACCUCAAGUCGUUCAUCCGGCAGCACGUCCCUGACGCCGUCUUCAUCGACGAUUUUGAUGACUUCCCCGCCGGCGCCGAUACCGUCUUCCAGUACUGCGACGGCUGGGCUCUGACGCAAAACUUUGCCGCCAUCAACGUGGCCAAGACCGGGCUCAUCAACGCGUAUCCCAACAGCGAUGCCCUCGCGCGGAAAGACUUCCUCGCCGCCGUUGUCGAGUACUGGGCUGCCAAGCGGCCCGAGAGCAAUCUCCGGAAACAUGUGCCGCUCACCGUGCGGCUGACGCUCGACUACGCCGAGUAUGUCGACGACGCCCUGAUGGCGGCCGACGACCUCUCGCUCCUCUACUCGCUGGAGGAGAACGAGGACAAGGAUGCGAAGGACCGGGAAUGGUGGAUUCUCAAACCCGCGCUGGUCGACUGCGGGGCCGGGAUCCGGCUCUUCAGCACCAUGGAAGAGCUCUCAAGCCACCUGGAACUGGCCGAGAACGAAACGGACGACGAUGACGAGGAAGAGGAGAGCGAGGGGGGUGAAGCUGUGACCGAGAAGGAGAAGGCCAACGGCCAUAUUAACUUCUCGCCCACGCUGACCACCCCCGGGCUGGAGUCACUCGACGCCCUCGUCACAACCACCAACUCCCUCUCCCUCAACGGCUCCUCAGCCAAAUCUGAAAACGAGCCCUCGUCCAAAAAGCCGGUCCGGGCCAAGAAGCCGCAGUACGUCUUCAAGGCCGGCGGGCGCAUCCCGUCGGCGCAGAUGCGGGCGUUCGUGGCACAGCGCUACAUCGUGGCGAUCCCGCCGCUGGACGGGCGCAAGUGGCACGUGCGGUCGUACGCGCUGUCGAUCGGGCGGCUCAAGGUGCACGUGGCGCGCGAGAUGCUGGCGCUGCUGGCGGCGGAGGCGUACCAGCCGCCGUGGGAGAACCCGAGCCUCAAGUCGUCGCUGACCAACACGGCGCUGCAGGACGACGACGAGAUGGUGGCGGGCGAGUCGAUGCGCGACUUCUGGGCCGCCGACGGCUCCGCCAUGUUCCCGGACCGGCCCGACUGGAAGACGCACGUCUUCGACCAGAUCUGCGGCAUCACCGCCGAGCUGUUCCGCGCCGCCGUCCACACCAUGGCCGACAAGUUCACCACGCUCGACAAGUGCUUCGAGCUGUUCGCCCUCGACUUCCUCGUCGAUGCUGACGGCAACGCCUGGCUGCUCGAGGUCAACGAGGCCCCGGCCUUUUACGACCAGGGCGUCGCCGGCCCCAUGGCCCUCCGUCUGAUGGAGGCUAUCAUCUGCGCCACCAUGGAGCACAUGGGCAAGGCUGACACCGCGGACCCCAAGAAUGCCGCCAUCAAGGACCGGCUGGUGGAGGUGCUGGACGAGACGGCCAAGUUGGGGAAGAGCAACAUCACCGAGAUUAUGCCGGAGUGA